GCUUCUUCGGAGCCCGCCGGCUGCUUGCUGCUGCGGCUGCGCCUCCUUGUUCCUCGCGUCACCGCUGCCGCCAUGCCGGGAGGGCUGCUUCUCGGGGACGAAGCCCCCAACUUUGAGGCCAAUACCACCAUCGGCCCAAUCCGCUUCCACGAUUUCCUGGGAGACUCAUGGGGCAUUCUCUUUUCUCACCCACGGGACUUUACCCCAGUGUGCACCACAGAGCUUGGCAGAGCGGCAAAGCUGGCUCCAGAGUUUGCCAAGAUGAAUGUUAAGAUGAUCGCUCUUUCGAUAGACAGUGUUGAGGACCAUCUUGCCUGGAGCAAGGACAUUAAUGCUUACAAUGGUGAUGAGCCCACAGAAAAGCUCCCAUUCCCCAUCAUCGAUGACAAGAAGAGGGAACUUGCCAUCCUUUUGGGCAUGCUGGAUCCGUCAGAGAAGGAUGAAAAGGGCAUGCCCGUGACGGCCCGUGUGGUGUUCAUUUUCGGCCCUGACAAGAAACUGAAGCUAUCUAUCCUCUACCCAGCCACCACUGGCAGGAACUUUGAUGAGAUUCUCAGAGUCAUUAAGUCUCUCCAGCUGACAGCAACAAAACGGGUUGCUACCCCGGUUGAUUGGAAGGAGGGCGAGAGCGUCAUGGUCCUGCCCACCAUCCUUGAAGAGGAAGCCAAAAGUCUAUUUCCCAAAGGAGUCUUCACCAAAGAUCUCCCGUCUGGCAAGAAGUACCUCCGUUAUACCCCGCAGCCUUAAGUCUUUGUGGGAGCUGGCUGCAGCUGCUCAGACACAGUGGACCUGAGGAUACCAGCUGACAGUCAUCUGUCCUCGCCCAGCUCCAUAGAAACCUCCUGCUGUGUGAUCACAGCCAAAGUCAUUAGGUCACUAGACUACUGGAUCAUUAAAUGGAAAUGGCACCAACACUCUCUCGGGGUUCUUUACUCUGUGCCUUCACAGCAUCCUGCCCCUCCGUCCAUCUCAGGGUUCUGCUGACCAGCUUUCUCUGAAAUGCAUUCUGUAGUAGAAAUUCUGACCUCUGCAGGGUUCUAGAGUGUCAGGUAGGGGUAGGGGAAGCUCACUCGUCUCCAUGGUAGAAUGACUAUCACCUUUUGUAGCCUCCAAAUUAGAGGCUACCCAUUUUGGAAAAUAAUGAAACAGGGGAAACUCUCAGUUCUGUAUUUUUCAUAAGUAACAAACUUGGGAACAGCCCAGGGAAAUUUCUAACUAUUGUGCUAUCAGGAAUCUGAUGCGUUUCUGUCAAAUGGGGGCUCAGAAGAGGCUUCCUUUGCCCUGCCAAGGAGGGAGGUGCACCCAAGACCGCUCAUCCCUCCAGGGGUUCCUGUUUGUCUGCUCUGGCGCCAUGUACAUGCCAACACACCUUGUAAGGACGGGCGGUGACAGAACGGUCGCCACUAAGCUGUCCUAGCAGUAGGUGGCCACUUUCCUGAAUUCUGCCUUUUGGGGUUCAACAAAUAAAAUCCUUUGUUGAGACUGAUCAGAAAAUUGUGUUGUCACGUUUUGAAGUCCUAGCCUAGAAGACUUAGCCUAAGGAACAGAAGCAGGCUUCCUUCUUGCUAGGAUUGACGUGGGUAUUUUUCUCCAAGGACAAAUAAAUAAGAUUUCACGUGAAACAGGAGCCACUGAAGGAUAGGUUCUCUCACAUGUGUUGGGCCACUUUGUUGCUUCCUGUUUUUCUAGGGUCUCAGGAGUAGGUAUGUAGAUUACAGCCUUAACCUAAUGUCUCAGCAGUAGUAGGGAGACAGAAGAAAGAGCUUUGGGGGGCUGGAGAGAUGACUCAGCGAUUAAGAGGAGGCCCUUAGUUCCCAGCAACCACAUGGUGGCUCACAACCAUCUCUAGUGGGAUCUGCUGCCAUCUUUUGGCAUAAAAGCAUACAUUAAAAAAAAAAAGCUUUUGAGAUGGUGGUAUGUGUGUAUAUAUUGUGUGUAUAUAUAUAUAUAUAUAUUUUUUUUUUUUUUUUCCUACUCCAAACUGAAUGGUUUGGGGAAUACACAAUGCUACUAGACAGGGUAGAAAGGCGUUUGUGGGUAUAGGUCUGGGUUGCUUGAGCAGUGGAUAUUUAAGGCAAUGGUGGAUCCUGGGUCUGGUGAGGAGUCCCUUGUGUUGUAGAUGUGACCCAGACAGUUCAUUUCCUGACUUCCCUUGCCGUUGUCUCCUGUCAUUCCCCUAUCAGGUGCCUCACAACUGGCUCUCUUCUCCCUUAAACACUGGCUUGUUUUUGUGCUUGCUUUCCAUGGGAAGUCUGGCUUCAACUUCCUGUUGAGUUUUUUGCUUUCUGUUUGUGAUACUAUCUUGCUUUACCGCCCAGGCUGGCCUUGACAUCAGUCGUGCUGCCCCUGCUUCCCAGGUGCCAGGAUUUGCAAGAGGACGCCACCAUGCCCUGUAGUGUCAACUUUAGUGACAAAGUUCAAAAUCUAAAUUGCCAUUGUUAGUUGCUCAAACUUGAGUCUAGUUUUUAUUGAUCAAAGGACUGUUUACCACUGAAUUAGUAAAUUCUAAGCCAGAUUCAUUGCCUUUUCCCUCAUCUCCAUAAACGUGUUGCACCUCCUCACACAGGCUUCUAAAUCUUGGCGUUUUGACUAUUCUGCCCACAUUAAUAAUGUCAGUAUAAAAAUUCUUUAAUAACUGAAUUCUGGUACUUCUCACUAGACAGUUUUGAGAAUGAGGCUUGGUACAAGUAUCCUUUACCAAAUACAAAGUACUCAAUAUUAUAUGGACAUUUCCAAGGCAUGAGUGAUUCUGAACACGAUUUUAAAUGUUAGGGGGUAGGGAUAAAUUUUGGACUGAAUUUUUUUUUUUGAAUGAAUUUUAUUAUCCAUGUAAAGAUUUGUUUCUUGAAGCUGAAUAAUGACUGCAGGAAAUUUUUUUGUUGGUUUUGACUUGAAACGGAAACUCACAAUGUAGCCCAGACUCCCAGCUGCCAGGAUUAAAGGUGUCUGUGCUACCUCCGGCCCAAGAAAACAGGAAAGAAGAGGCAGCUCGAAUGGCUCUUCCGGAACUAAGAACUGCUCUAGUUAGAGCGGACGGCCUUCUAGGUGAGCACAGGGACAGACUGAACUCUCGGGGUGCUUGCCAGAACUGCUUUCACCCCCGCCUUCAUAAAGAGGCCAAAUCAAGCUGUCAGUUCCUACAUGCAAGCUGAGGAAAUAGAGUUUUGACUCUGGCUUGAGUGUAUGUUAACUGGCUUUUUUUCUUUUAAAAAAACAAAAUCCUUACCUGGGAACUGGAAAGAUAUUUAAUUGGUGAAAUGCUUGCUGUGCCAGGUGUGGUAGGGCAUGCUUGUAAUCCUGGCGCUGAGAAGGCAGAGACAGGUGUAUCUCUGGGCUCCCUGGCCAACCAACCUAAGCUAAUCUGCAAGCCCCAGCUCUUGUGGCUAACUAGUUCAGAAAUGGGUGUGUGAUAAUUCUUGCCCCUGAGACGCAAAUAGAAGGUUCCUAGGGGUUUCUAGAAUUUCUCUGCCUCCCCCCCAACACACACACACACAGAGAGACAGUGUUGUUUAGGUGAGACUGGCCUUGAACUAUUGAACUCUUGGUCUUUCCUCCCAAAUGCUAGGAUUCUCGGUGUGAGCCACCCACCAUGUCAGGCUUCUAAAAUAAUCCUUUAACUAAAGAGUAACUCAAAAGGGUUUGGGUUUUGUUUUUUGUCUGCUAUUGGUUAUGAUCAAGAAAACAUGCAACCGCAGAAUUAGGACAGGACAGGUGAAUAACAAUAGAAGGAAAAAAGAACUAGUCUGAUAAUUUCUGCCUUCUGAAAAACCUGUCCUUGGGUUACGUAAUGAUAAUAAAUUUCCUUGGUGUUUACA